GCUGCCAGUCAAUACGGAUCAUCGUGUCUUCACAAGAAAUGCUGUCGACUACCGAGGCGCUUCUCCGGGGAUUAUCGACCAACUAUUAAUGUCCUGAUUCAGAUAUAGAGAUGACAUCUCCCCAGCCUGGCAGCCCACCUCUUGCAGAGCAGUACACGCCUGCUGUACAGGAUGAGGAGAGCCAACAAGAAGAUGAGGGGGUGAGAGAUCAGCCUGCUAAAAAACGAGGCAGAGGUCGGCCUCCAAAAGCCAAACUGUCAUUCAAAUGCACUUUGUGCACGGAGGCUUUCAGAAGUCUUUCAGCACUGCGGAGUCACAAGCUUUCAGCACAUGCAAAAGACCGUCAGCAGCAACACUCAUGUACUCAGUGUACUAAAACGUUCUCCAGCAAGGCUCAACUCUCCAAACAUGAGCGCACGCACUCAGCCCAGCGCCCCUUUCAGUGUCCUGACUGUCACAAAGCUUACAAGACGCCAACAGAGCUACGCAACCAUAGCCGCUCUCACACUGGGGAGAAACCUUUUGUGUGCACAGAGUGUGGAAAGGCCUUCAUGCAGGCUAUAUGCCUGAGGAUCCAUAUGACGCAGCAUAGUGGAGAGCGUCCGUACUCUUGUCGUCAGUGCUCCAAGAGCUACCCCACGCUGUCUAAACUGAAGGUGCACAUGCGCUCUCACACUGGAGAAAAGCCGUACUUCUGUGCUGAGUGUGGUAAGAGUUUUGCUGACCCUUCUGUGUUCAGAAAACACAGAAGGAACCACCAGGGCCAUCGUCCGUACGCCUGCGAUGAAUGUGGGAAAACGUACACAGAGCUAAAAGACCUGAAAAACCACGAGCGCUCCCACACUGGAGAGAAACCAUACUUGUGCUCAGACUGCGGCAAGGCCUUCUCCCGCUCCUCUUCUCUGGCCUGCCAUCAGCGCAUUCACUCACAGAAUAAACCCUACCAGUGCGAGCAGUGUGGUAAAGGUUUCACCCAGCUGUCCUCCUACCAGUCUCAUCUCCGCACUCACUCCGGUGAGAAGCCGUUCCUCUGUCCGCAGUGUGGCAAGAUGUUUUCUGAUCCUUCCAGUUUCCGUCGCCACCAGCGAGCUCACCUGGGUUUCAAGCCCUACCCUUGCGAUAAGUGCUCCAAGAGGUUCCGGCAGCCGGCUGAUCUGGCCGUGCACGAACGUGUUCACUCUGGAGAGCGGCCUUACAAAUGUCAGAGCUGCGACAAGGCUUUCGUAGCAUCCUGGGAUCUGCGGCGCCACAUGCUUGUCCACACGGGUCUUCGGCCCUUUUCGUGCACCGAGUGCGACAAAUCAUUCGCAGAGCGCUCCAGCCUCAACAAGCACCGUCGUGUGCACUCUGGAGAGCGGCCAUUCAAAUGUGAGGAGUGUUUGAAGUCAUUCGUUGUAUCGUCAAGCCUGCGCAAACACGAGAGAACUCACCUGGCUGAACAAUCUGAGCAGCAGCAGCAACAACAACAACAACAACAACAACAGCAACAACAACAACAACAACAGCAGACAGAGGCUGGGUCAGCUUCAGGCUUUACUGGCCACACAACUCUGCCUCAGUUCUCCUGUACUCAAUGUGAUGCUACAUUUGGAACCUGGGAUGAAGUUCAGGCCCAUGAAAAUCUUCACUCCAUUGACUCCACUCCUCCAACUGUUACAAAAAUUGUGCCCCUGGGCUCGCAUGUAUGUGAAACCUGCCAGGCAGAGUUUGCACAGCUGGCAGAGUUACAGGAGCACGAGAAGCAGCAUCCCAAGCCGAGGCCCCACGUCUGCAACAGCUGCGGUAAAGGCUUCCUCAACAAAUCUGGACUGCGUAAACACCAGAAGAUCCACUCCACCAGCAAACCUCACAGCUGCCCCCACUGUGGCAAAGCUUUUCUGUUUGCUGCCUAUCUUCGCAAGCACUUACGGACUCAUGCAGACGUUACCCCGGCCCCUCCACUCACUGACAUGAACAUCAUUCAUACUGACCCGCUCCCCUCUCCUCAACCCCCCAGUGAGGUUACCCCCACCACUGUUGAACCCAGCAGCAUAUCCCUGACGGUUCCAGUAACUGUACCUGUGACUGCUUUUCAGACUCUGCCGGAGUAUUUGGUCAAGGAAGAAGGACUUUAAGCUUUUGUUUUCACUGCUGUGGGAUUUUUAUCUUGCAGAUAUUUACCCAGUGGCCUUAAAUCUUUUCAGAUAAUGGCUCUGAUUUGACAAAAAAAAGUGUUAUUUUUCAAAGUAACUCCCUUAAAAAAAAAAAUUAAAAAUGGACCUCCCUUCAUGUUGUUAGAGCUUUGUCAUUGUUUUGUAUUGCCAUGAUAUUUGAAAGGUGUAUUACUCUAUGAUAUUGAUAUUGCUAAAAUAUCUACUGUGCUAUAAGUCACCUAUUAUGAAAUUGUUUUAUUUGUUGUAAUCUCUUCAUAAAUAUGUGGUGUUGCAUACAUAUAUGCUGAUCAGUGUAAAAUCUCACUUAAAAAUGUUGUGAUGUCAGGUAAAUGUUUUUUAAUGCAUUUUAAUUACAGCUUAAAUCUUAAAUCUAUUGCAUUCAUUCAAUUUACAUUUCAUUAGAAAAAAAAUACAAUUUGUAAAUGUCUUACUGUAAAAUUACUAGUUAUAACUGUCAUCUAAUAAUUAAAAAAAAGAGUUGAAAACCAUUCAGUGGCAUUC